AGCAUGUGAUGAAAACCCUCCUCCUCCUUCUCUUCCUCCUGACCUGUACUACUGGCACCUCGUCUCCUCCAUCUUCUCCUCUAGACCUCUCUCUCUUCCCCGAUACCCUCACAGCUCCUUAUGGAACCCGCCUAUUCCUGACCUCCCACCCCAACUAUCUGAACCUGGUUUGGUGCUGUGAUAUACCUCCAGAUGCGGAUAAAGCUCAAUUUGAGCUGAACAGUGGAGUAAAUGUGUGGUAUGAUGGGGAAAUGGAGGAACAAAGGACUGCAGUCAAUAAUACACAGGUGUCAUCCCGAUACAAACCACGCCAGGCGGCUGAUGCCAGUACAUGGUACCUGGGACAGUACAACACUACACUAAUACUCAUCUUCAACCAGACUCUUCACUACAAUAUCAGCUGUAAUGGGGAAUCGCAUCCUGGCAAGUUUGAGGUCCUUUACAAACACUGGGACAAACUUUCUAGCAGUGGAGAUGUGUGGUCUUUAGUUAGUGUCGGCUCUUUGGGUCUCUACAACACUACCAAACUUACAUUACGGAAGAUAAAGACCUUAUCAGAGAAUGUAAAGAAUGUGUUAUGGACGGUACCAGGAGGAAUUGUGACUGACAGAACUGUUGCUGAUAAUCAGACAGAGUCAGAGGCUGAAAACGUAUCAGAAUCAGACUCGCUCACCAGAUGGAGAGCCUGGCUCCUGCUCGUUCAACACGUGACUUGCUGUAUCCCCCUAGCAGCUUCGCCCUCCGAGCUGGACCUGCUACCUCACACUGCUGAUAAUCAACUUCAGAGUCACUUCAGGUGGUUCAUGGAGCUACCUUUUGUUGAACAGGACGAACAGGUUUUGUGGUACAGUUUCAAUCACAGAAAUCUUCACGUAGUCUCUGUGUGCACUUACUGUGACCUCUGUGAUGACUCAGCUCAGUUCAAAUGGUUAGAAGAAGAUUUAAAAGCAGCCUCAUCUACGAACGAGACACAUUGGAUUAUGGUUAUGGGGCACGACCCUAUAUACGAGUCAGACCAGUCUCUUCACCCAGAGGUGCAGUCUAUCAACAGAAUACAGUUAGAUAAACUGUUUGCUAAGUACGACGUGGACUUUGCUGUUUGGUCUCAUGAAAGAUGGUACGAGCGAACCAAGCCCAUGAAAAACUACAAGGUGUCCGAUGAAAGGAUUUCCAACCUGCUCGACUCAGUGAACGGAACAAUACAUUACACAUGUGGUACUGGGGGGAUCCCGCUUCAAGACUACAAUAUGGAGAAAUAUAACCAUACUGCCAGGUUCCUCACCAGUUACUACGGACCGUGUGCGUUUACCAGGAUUAAAGAUAACCAGUACGAAACAAUGUUUGUCCGGACAGACGAUGCAGAUAUUGUCUCUUUUGAAGAUCAUAUCACGAUAACGAAGGACAUUCCCCAACGACCCAAGUUUAAGAUCGAGUCUCACUUCUCGAAGUUCAUGAAAGUGUUCGGGAUGGUUAUUUUUAUCGGAGUGGGGAUCAUGCUGCUGAUAACGAUACUGGUUAAAGCUGUUCAGAAACAUGACCCGUCCUUUAUUACUAAUAAGAUCAGGAACAUAAAGUACAGGAAAGAAGGCACAACUCUGGGGGGAUCUACUGAGAACCUGGAAAUUCAGGAAGUUGAAAUGGACGCUGAGGAUAUUCCGUCGAAGAAUGGAGACAAAGUAUUGUUACUGGAUGAAAUAGAAGACCCCGAUCUGCAGCUCUCUUCGGCAGCUCAAAUGUAUGGUGUCAUGAUGUGAACAUACCUCAUAAAACAUCACCUGACUUAGAAAAUCGAAGAAUGGAGACAAGGUAAUGUUACUGGAUGAAAUAGAAGACCCCGAUAUGCAGCUGUCCUCGGCAGCUCAAAUGUAUGGUCAUUGUAUAUGAUUAAAGUAAAGCAUUACUCAAUAUUAUACAGCUCGAAUUCUACCCGUUUGGCGGAUCCAUCACUUGACCACUGAAAAGGGGGCCAGCUUUAAUGAUAAUGUUGCUGUUUUAGAAUGUUGGAUUUUAUGAAUUGUUAACGUUGGGUCACCGGAAUUUUUCGCAAUAAUAUACCAUGAAGCCUGAAGGGACAUCAUAAUUAUGGAAUAUGUUUUAAUUAUGAGUUUUUUAGAAGAUUGAUUUUUAUUUGAUAAUUUUACAGCAGCUUUUGGUAGAGCAGAUGAUUCGUAUAAUGAUUAAUUUAUUGAUGAUCGAUUUUUUUAUUUUGAUAAUUUUGAUAGUCUAUCGUUUCUCUCGUUUA